UCCUUCUGCUCUUCUGCUGCACGGAAAAUGGUGCACCUCCGAAUAACCAAAUAACCAAUGCACCUGUAACACAAAAUAAUCAGAUGUGCCUGACUCGGUCGAGAGAGUAUGAGAAACUCGAUUGAUCCAGAAUACCAGUCAUAUAGCGGAGUAACUGUGCCAAGUAGGACACCCAGGCAACAAUAUUUACAGUCUCGACCCAAUAUACCACAAAACACCUCAAAUUCUGGUCAAUUCGUUCCUCUGCUUCAAACUCAAAUUCCACCUCAAUCCAAUUUGCAACUCGUCAUAAAUUGCAUUUGCCGGAAAAUGAGGACCACAUUCUGCAUCUGACAGUGUCCAGACGUGUCAGGCUCAUCAUUACUGACCGGCUUCCGCCGUCGUAUUAAUAUUAAAACCA